AUGAUAUGCGAUAAUGAUGAGCCUCCAUUUAAAAAACAACGUCCCGGAGUAGCUGCAGUUGCUACCAACGUCAUAUACAAGUUAACGGAGAUUGCAGCUUACACUUUUGGUGCUUCUUCUGAAAUUUAUAACACUAUAACUGGAGGUCAAGGAGGCAAAAAAGAACAUAGUCAACAACCAACGAGAAAUAGUUAUGAUUAUGAUCAAUAUUACGAUGACGUUUUGCAAAUCAAAACUGACGAAGAUGAAGAAGAGAAUGUAUUGAAUAAUCAUGAAUUUGACAAAAAAAGCCAUGUUUGGGCAGAGAAUGAAGAGGAUGAAGAAGAACCUCCGCCACCUUAUGAGAGUUCUUGGUACAUGCCAUCACCAUCAGUAACAACCGAAACGCAACAACCUACAAAUCCUCAAUCAUCGGCGGAAUCACAAGAAUGUGAAACACCCGAACAACCUUCGAAUCCACAAGAAAUAUUCGCAGGAUUAACCACCACUUCACCUCCUCGACGACGACAAUUUCGUGUUCGUCGUGGACGCCGAUUAUUACGUCGCAAGUCAUCAUCGGUCGACUUGACUAAUAGCAUCAAAAAGUCUUCCUCUUUCACUCAACUUGAAGACGAAGAUGAUAUUUUUCUCAAGUUUAAUUGCAAGUUGACAGAUUUGAUCGCUGAAGGUCAAGCCGCGCUAACGAGCACGGUUGACGUUACAGAAGUUGAAAUGAUGCUUGCAGAAGAGCGAGAACGAGAUGAACGAAUAAUGAAAGAAUUUGGAAUACAAACUAGACGACCGCGAAGACUGACGGGUUCUUCAACAUCAUCUGAUUACGAUUAUUAUAGUUCAAUGUUAGGGUCAGGCGGCCAAUCAAGCACCUCAUUAUGUGACAACGGCAAUGGAAAAAAUAAUUAUAUGCCGUCAACAGGACAUUAUGCUGAUAAUGGGUUUUCGACAAAUAAGCCUGUUAUUGGACAUUCUCAAUACGGGUCAUCUGAUGGAUUUCAUCCUUCCGGUGGAUAUACGAAUGAAUACGGAUACAUAGGCGGAUCGUCUUCAACAGGAGGAGGACCUUCAACUAUAAAUAGAUUAAGUAAUUCGACGGCGUCUAUUAGUAGUAAUUCGACGACGUCUAGUGUGUACGGAAGUGGGCCUAGCAAUGGGUUUGGACCAUCUUUACAUAACUUUGGACAGAACUCUUCGGGAUAUGGGUCAAAUUCAGGAUUUGGUUCGAAAGGGAUAUAUCACAGUCGAAGAUAUUAUUGA